AUGUCUAGUUGUCAAUCAAAUAGUGCUACCUCUACGGCAUUUGCUCCUGCUAGAUCAAAGGAUCCAGCAUGGUCCCAUGCACGUGUAGUGCCAAGAGCAAGAAAUAGUGCUCAAUGUCUUUAUUGUAGCAAAAUCAUUAGAGGUGGCGGAGUCACAAGGUUGAGGCACCAUCUAGGUGGGAUUUCAGGUGAUGUAGAAGCAUGUAAAAAAGUCUCUGAUGAUAUAAAAUGGCAAAUGAAAGAGUUGAUCAAUGAAAUGAAAAAAAACCAAGAGAAGAAAAGAAAACUAAGCUUAGAGAUUGGAUGUGGAAGCCUUGUAGAUUUAACAUAUGAUGAUGUUGAUGUUGGUGAUGAUGAGUAUGAGGGAGGGAGUCAAGGACCCGUUCAUGAUUCAAAGGGGAAGGGGAAGGGGAAGGGGAAGGAGAAAGUAGGUGGAAAGUCAACAGGGCCAUUUAGCAGAUUUUUUGCUCCAAGAACAAGUCCUGGCUCUCAACCUUCUAUUAAGAGUGCUAUGUGUUCAAAGGAAAUGAUUGACAAAGCAAAAAUGACUAUAGCAAAUUGGUGGUAUGAUGCUAAUUUACCUUUCAAUGCAUCUCAAUCUAAAUUUUAUCAACCAGCUAUAGAUGCUAUAGCUGCCAUCGGGCCAGGAUUCAAGGGUCCUUCUUUACAUGAGUUGAGAGGAAAUUUGUUGAAGAAUUCUAUGACUGAGGUUCAGAAUUAUCUUUUAGAUAUUAAAACAUCUUGGAGGGAUAGUGGUUGUUCACUAAUGGCAGAUGGUUGGACAAAUCAGAGGCAACAACCAAUAAUUAACUUUUUGGUUUAUUGCCCAAAAAGUACAAUGUUUUUUAAGUCUAUUGAUACAUCGGGCCUUAGAAAAGAUGCUGAAACAUUAUUUAAAAUUUUUGAUGAAGUUGUUCAAGAAGUUGGGGUGAAGAAUAUUGUGCAAUUCAUAACAGACAAUGAUGCAAUUUAUAAGGCUGCAGGAAAAAAGUUACAGCAAAAGUAUGGCUCUUUCUUUUGGUCCCCUUGUGCAGCUCAUUGUAUAGAUUUGAUGUUAGAGAAUUUUUGUGAUCCCAGACAUUUUCCUAUUAUUGAUGAAACUAUAAAGAAGGCAAGGAAGAUAACGAAAUUCAUUUAUAACCAUGUUUGGGUUUUGGCUUUGAUGAGAAAGGACUUCACCAAAUGUCAUGAUUUAUGUCGCCCUACAAUCACAAGGUUUGCUACAAAUUUUUUAAGUAUCCAAUGCUUACUGUUGUUUAAGAAAGAGCUUCGACAAAUGUUCACUUGUGAUAAGUGGAUUGUAUCAAGUUAUUCUAAAAGCAACAUAGAGAAGGAGAUAGCUGUGAUUGUUCUAGAAGAUAGAGAGUUUUGGACUCAAUGUCAGUUUAUUGUAACAAUCAGCGAGCCUUUAGUUCGAGUACUACGACUUGUCGAUGGGGAUGAGAAGCCUGCAAUGGGAUACUUGUAUAAUGCAAUGGAGAAAGCCAAAGAGAAUAUAAAAGCAAGAUUGAAGAACAAAGUUUCUGCAUUUAUGCCAUUCAUCAGGGUCAUUGAUGCUAGGUGGGAUAAGCAGCUUUAUAGUCCAUUACAUGCAGCAGGUUGUCUUCUUAAUCCUGGAAUUUACUUUAACCCUUGCUUUAAAAGUAAAAAUGAUGUUUCUAGAGGGUUUAUGACUUGCGUUGUAAAGAUGGAACCUGAUAUUGAUAAGCAAGAUGAGAUCAUUCAACAAAUUGACAUGUAUAAGAAUGCAUACGGUGAUUUUGGACAACCUAUAGCAAUACGCCAGCGUGAAAAAAAUAAUCCAGUAUUUGUUCGUUAUAACUUGAAGCUCCGUGAGAGAAACAUAAAGAGGGGAAGAGAUGCUUUGGAUCUAAUCAAUCUUGAGAAUAUUGACUUGAUGGAGAAAUGGGUAGGUGAAGAAUCAGAGCUUAUUGAUGGAGAAGAUUUGGAUUGGGGAAGUAUUGAGGAGCCAUUAGCCUCACAAAAUUUGGAAGAAGUUGUUAAUGUUGGUCUUGAUAUUGAUGAUGAUGGUGGUGACAAUGACAUUGACGAAAAUAUUUUGAGUAGCUUUGCUAAUGUUGAUCCUUUUUGUCUUAUUGAUGAAAAUGAAUGA